AUGACACAAAGGUCAAAGGUAUGGUCUAUUCCGUUGUGGUCAUUACAUUCAUAUCGGUUACUGAUUGCUUUCCUCCUUAUGUCCGCCUCAUUCUGUUCCAAUUCAAUGCGUAUCAAUCUCGGAAUGGCUAUUGUUUGCAUGAUUAAUUCAACUGCAUUUCUUCCAAAUGCUAAUUCAACUGCUUCAAACCUAUUGAGGAAAGUUGACAAAGAAUUUUUAACUUGCAGUGACACAAACAAUGCUAAGCUCCUAAAAGGAUAUGAGGGAACAAUAUUAUGGACCUCAAGACAACAGUCAAUUUUAUUUUCGGCCAAUCAUUAUGGUGGCCUACUAAGUACUCUUCCGGGAGGUAUACUAGCAGAUUAUUUCAAUCCGAAACUUAAUCUUCUGAUUGCAAUCGCUGACAUGGCUUUUUUUACAUUUCUGAUACCGGUCUUAGCAAAGUGGAGCUUUUAUGCGACAUUUAUGGCUCGGUUGGUGAUAGGAUUUGGUGAGGCUUUUAUCCUAUCAUCAAUGGCGUCAAUAUCAGCACGAUGGUUUCCACCAACAGAACGAAGCACAGCAGCUGCAGUUUAUACAUCUGGAAAUCAGAUAGCUUUAUCACUCAUUUAUUGGAUUGGAGCUGAAUUAUGCUUAGUUAAAUUUCUAGAUGGAUGGCCUUUGAUCUUUUAUCUUCUUGGUUCGAUAUCAGUUUUAUGGAUGAUAUUAUGGAUUCCGUUUGGAUCCAGUUCACCAAAUGAGAAUAGAUGGAUUUCAAAUGCUGAGCAAGAGUAUCUGAAAAGAUUUUUUAAAAAUCCACAACAAAAGCUAAGCGGUAAUUCAAUACCAUGGGAAUCAAUUAUUCGAUCAAUGCCGGUUAUUGCUAAUACUGUAACAAUGUUUAGCAUUAGUUUCCAUGCUACCAUAAUACAAUCCUUUUUACCGACCUAUUUCAAGGAUGUUUUGCUCAUUAAUCUCAGAAAGGUUCCACAUUUAAAUUACGAAUUAUAG